UCUCUCUCUCUCUCUCUCUCUCUCAACACAUUUAAUCUCACAUACUUGAAUUAGUCUCAAGACCACGUUUUUAGCUAGCUAGCUUCCAUAUCAAGCAUGAAGGUUGAAAGAGAAAGAAGAUAUGCUCUUCUGCUUGCAGCAAAAGAUUCCGAGUACGUGAAGAAAGUGUAUGGUGGCUACUUCAAUGUGUUUGUUGCUGCUUUCGGGGAGGAAGGAGAGAGGUGGGACUUGUUCAGGGUAGUCGACGGCGAGUUCCCGAAAAUGAGUGAGCUUCAUGAGUAUGAUGGAUUUGUAGUCAGUGGAAGCCCUUAUGAUGCUUAUGGCCAUGACCAGUGGAUUAUCAAACUCUGUUUUCUCUUGCAAACUUUGGAUGCCAUGGAGAAGAAAGUCCUCGGAAUUUGCUUCGGUCAUCAGGUGUUGUGUAGAGCACUGGGAGGAAAAGUUGGGAAAGCUUACACUGGAUGGGAUAUCGGACUGAGAAAGGUGAAAAUGGUGAAGGACCUCAACCCGUUUGGCUUCCUCGCCAACUUAGAUGAAAUCCCAGCUGCCCUUUCCAUCAUAGAGUGCCACCAGGAUGAGGUUUGGGAAGUUCCUUUGGGUGCUCAAGUAAUCGCCUUCUCGGACAAAACUGGGGUGGAGAUGUUCACCAUUGGAGGUCAUGUUCUGGGGAUUCAAGGUCAUCCAGAGUAUACAAAUGACAUCCUUUCUAAUCUCAUCGAUCGCCUUCUCAAUAACAACUCCAUUGAGAAAGGUUUUGCUGAAAACGCAAGACUCGGACUUGAAAAGGCAGAGCCAGACAGGAAGUGUUGGGAGAAAAUCUGCAGGAAUUUUCUCAAAGGAAGAUAAAUUGACUGUAAUUUUUCUUUUCUGAAAAGGGAUUGACCAUGUAAUUUAUUACCUGUAUAAGGAGGAGUGGAGGACGAUAUCAAUUUAACUUCUUUACUUGCGGAGUGUCUUCUGUGCAUGACCGUGUGCUGCACACGUGCUUGGAAGAGUAAGGAUGACGUUAAUCAAAGAGUUAGCAACUUAGCAUCCAGAUGAAAAAGAAAAACAACGCAGUAAAAGAAUAUUUACAGUUAAACAAAACCCAAAAGCCAGAAAUCACACACCCAUAUCGCAGACCUUAAAUUUUACUUCAACCAAACC